GGCUUCGCUUGGAUAUGGGCCACCCACGUUUAUCCCUGAAAAGCUAAAACCCGACCGUCUUCUCCGUCGUUUUGAUCACCCAAAAGAAAAGGAACAUUCCUCCAACUUCACGCUCAAAAUUCAGUAGACACUUGAAAAACUCGUAGAAUUUGCAAACAUUUUUCAGAGAAAUGUUAAGAGUCCUCUCUUUGUCACGAACCUGUCUCAGGUCCCGCUCCCAGUCCCUCUCCCACAAACCUUCUCUUUCUUCUUCUCUGUUUUCCAUUCUCUCUUCACCAUACUCAACUUCAAAGCAACAAAACAAAGGCACUGAAGACAGUCAAAACGCCGCCGUUUCACUUUUCAACAGGGACCCAAGUGACCCGCCUCGCCUCUUCGUCGUUCAGCCUCGUCUCCGUCCCGCUACUUUCUUGCAGGCCAAGCUCAACGAGGCUCUUUGUCUAGCUAAUUCGCUUGAGGAGCAGCGCGAUGGCUACUUUGAUUCUGAUUUCUUCGAUAAGGAGUUGCCUGCUCAUGUUGUUGUCCAAAACCCUUCUCUUAAAUCUUCCAAAAUCCGCGCUGACACGUAUUUUGGACCUGGAACGGUAGAAAACAUCAGAUACCAUUUGAAUGCUCUGGAGUCCAAGGGUGAAGUUGAUGCAGUUUUUGUCAAUACCGUCCUGUCUGGAGUACAGCAACGUAAUUUGGAGCGAAUUUUGGGCAAACCUGUUUUAGAUCGUGUGGGCCUUAUAAUAGAAAUAUUCAAUGCUCAUGCGCAUACAAAGGAAGCAAAGCUACAGGCUGAAUUAGCAGCUCUUAUGUACAAGAAGAGUAGGCUUGUCCGUGUACGUGGACUUGAUGGACGCAAUACUUUUGGAGUUAGUGGAGAAGCUGAAGUUGUUAGUGCACGAGGGAGAGGAAGUGGGGGUCGAGGUUUCAUAAGUGGUGCUGGAGAAACUGAACUGCAGCUUCAGCGCCGAAGAAUAUUGGAACGCCGGAGUCAUUUGUUAUCCCAGAUUGAAGAGGUUCGCCGUACUCGAGCUGUGCAACGUGCAGCUCGUAAAAGACAAGUUGGAUUUGAUGGCCAAGGUUUAGCUACUGUUGCAGUUGUAGGAUACACAAAUGCUGGGAAAUCUACAUUGGUUAGUGCACUCUCAGAUAGUGAUCUGUAUAGUGAUGUGAGAUUAUUUGCAACAUUGGACGCAAGAUUAAAAAGUGUUGUUUUGCCUUCAGGGAGGAAAGUGCUUUUUAGUGAUACUGUGGGAUUUAUAUCAGAAUUGCCGGUGCAGUUGGUGGAAGCGUUUCAUUCAACCUUGGAAGAGGUAGUGGAGGCUGACCUCCUAGUGCAUGUAAUAGACUGCACUGCACCUAAUCUUGAUGAGCAUCGAUCCACAGUGUUGCAUGUUCUUCAGCAAAUUGGAGUGUCAGAGGAGAAGCUUCAGAACAUGAUUGAAGUCUGGAACAAGAUUGAUUAUGAAGAAGAAAUGGGUGCUAAUGAAUAUACGGAUGAUGUUGAAGAUGUUGAAGAUGUUGAGAUCAGCAAUAUCUCAGGAGCAGAAGAUGUUGAGACUAACAAUUCUGAAGAAGAAGAUUGUAAUGUGGCAUAUGAGCUAUUAGAUGGGAAGUCAGUUGAUAAUAAUCUUGAUGAUAUUGCUGAUGCUGAUGGUAGCGAUGUAUUUAAGCCUUCGCCUAGAGACGUUGAAGAGACUAUGGAUGACAAGCAAGGUGAUUACUCUGAUGGCUGGUUGUUGUCAGGAGAUGACUCUGCAGAUAACUACUGGAAUAACCUGAGUGACCAGCAAACUGAGACCUCUAAUCACUUAAAGGUGGAACAAGAUUCUCAAUCUCAACCUCAGCAUGUCCCACACGUCAAAGUAUCUGCCCUAACUGGGGUGGGCUUGCAAGAACUGUUGGAAAUUAUUGAUGAAAGGCUUAAGGUGCAAGAUGACAAGCUGAAGUCUCAAGAAGUAGUGGAAAGCAGUUUCUUUGAUCGAAAAUGGAGGCCCCUUCGAAAAGAGGAUGAAGAGGUAGCAGUUGAACAAUGAUAACAGCAGGCAAUUCAUUUCCUUCACUCUGGUAAGUAUCAGCAAUAUCAUUCUAUCAAAAAACAGUUGAAAGCUCCGAUGGCAUGGAUUGCGAAUAAGCCAGAGAAACUCCAGAUUAUUCUUUUCCCUUGCUCGAGUAUAGCAGAAGAGCAUGCUCCAUGACGUAUGUGGAAUUUUCUAUCCAGGAGUUUCGGGCUGCCUAGGACAUAUCUAUACUCAGUCAUAAAUUUUAUUUGGCGUGAGGGCUCAAACUUUCACGUUUGUCCGUAAGGUUUUUUGAUGCAGUUCCUUGCUUGCAAUUUUGUACCUAUCAAAGAUGUGAAUCCCAAAUCUUAGCAUGUGCAGAAAGCAAAAUUUUGUUGACUUUUCUGAGAUAGAAUUGAGUUAUGCUUCUUUGGCGAUGCUAUUAAACUGUAGGGCAUUUGAAGAAUAACAUUAAUUGCGACAUGGUUGGCUGUCUGACAGUCAAUGAAAAUGAUAUAAAGGCAAACCUUUUGCCAGAAAAAGCUCCCCAGCCUGCCACUACAAAAUCCAGCUAGCAGCACUCCCACCAACCCUCAGUAGCUUCCAUCAACUUGCCACAACAUGCAAUGACUGUAGCUAAUUACUCACAUAAUUUCAAAGACCUUAUUUAUAAUGUCUUGUACUGUUAUUUUCACAGAAAUUGUGCAUUACUGAGUGUUUUUACAUUUUUUUUUGGAGGUGUGUUUUAA